AUGAAUUCCCAAAGGUUGGAGGAGAUAGUGGCGGAGCUGAUGAAGCCAAUCAGCGACGUCCGCCGCAGUUUCGACACGGAUCUCAGCGCGUUACUGGAGGAGUACCUGACGGAGGCGGGGCAGCAGGCUCUAGAGGCGGAGGCCAGCGGCAACCAUUCAUACAGCACACCUAACUUUGCUGAGGUGGCUCUGUUGCUGCAGCAGUCAGCCAAUAUCUACGGUCGCAAAGUGGACUGUCUGUACUCUCACGUGCUGUGUGUCAGUGAUGCACUCCACAACAACACCCUAGAAGCGAGCGUGUCGGCGGACGAGCCACAUACGCCCAGUGGAGGCCGGAGGAAACGGAAGGCGUCCGUUAACGGGGACUUCGAUUACAUCACGCUGGAGGCUUGUGGGGGAGCGCGCCGGGACGCUGGGCCCGCGCGGCCCCCGCCCACCCUGCCGAGGAUGUAUGUGGAGCUUGAGCCGCGGGUGGUGUCCUCACACGACCACCAGCUGACUGACUACCUCGGGGAACACAUAGGACUACUGGCGGACUUUAACGUGUCCUGGAGGCUGCGGAACGGACUGCUGGUCGAUGAGCUGGCUAGUACCGAGGGAGGCGCGCCGGGGCUGCGGCCGGCACCGCUGCUGGAGCUGCGUGCGGCCAUGGAAGCCGCCGCGCCACCCUCCCCUCCACCCGCGCCGCCCUCCCCCCCGCCGGCGGCCCCCUCGCCCCCGCCGGAGCAGCCCCCGUCCCCGCCGCCGCCCCCCCCUGACUCAUGUUCGACUCCUCUGCCUCAAAGGAAGGAGAGGAAGCGACGGAGCGAAGUCAAACUGGAGGAUAUAGUGGAAGGACGAGUUAAAUUACUUAUCAGCAAAGAGUUGCGAGGUAAGUUGCGUCGUGUGGAGGAGUUCACCCUGCCUCGGGACUGGGUGUCGCGAGUGGUGGAGGGACGGGCCGGCGCCGUGAGGGAGCUGCGACGGGGACUGAGGGGACACGCGGAGACAGAAUUCCGUGGCUUUGACGUGACGAACUCUAUGGACGUCGGAGGGUUCCUGGGCUGGAGCGGGCCGGAGGCGGCGGCGGCGGCGGCGGCUCUCAGCGCGGCCAGCGGCGCCCGCCUCGACGACAGCGACGACGACGGGUUCUUUGAACAGAGCUCGCUGGGAGACUCCGACACCUCGCGCGCCGACGACACCGGCGCCACCACGCUCUCGUCGUUGCCGGGCAGCGGCUGCGAGUGGUGGAGCUGGCGCGAGGCGGUGGUGUCCCGCAGCGCGGCGGCGGCGGCGCGCGGCGCGGACGUGAAGGCGGGCGCGCGGGCCGUACUGGAGGCGGCCGGCGCGCUGCCCUCGCCCGCCUCCUUCGACGCGGUGCUGGCGGCCGCCGCCGACCAGCCGCACGACGUGUCCCGCCUGUUCCUGUCCGCGCUGUUCCUGGCCAACGCGGGCUCCAUCGAGAUCGUGCCGGGCGCGCCGCUGUCCCUCAACUCGUUCAGUGUGCGCGUGUUGUGUGGUGACGAGCGCCUGUACCUGUCGUCCGUGGAGGAGCCUCCCCCGCCGCGGUAG